AUGCAUCGAUUCGAGUCUGGAAAUCUACAUGCAAGCCAGCUCAACUCCCCCCAUAACAAACAUGCGACAAGGGGGGCCCGGCUUUCCAGCGCAAAAGCAAAAAUUCAGAUAUACUUCCUCUCCGAGCUCUUCAAGGCUAUCCUGCAAUUCUUGGCCGCCAAAGACCUGACUGAUCCACUUUUGCUAAACGGAGCUACUUGCGAGAUACCAAAAUCAGAUGCCCCUGUGCUUUUUGACGGUGCUGGCCAGAUCAACCUGCUCUUCAAGAUGACUUGUUGGUCGUAUCAGCUUCUUCGCCAGGAAGCCAGGGCAACGAUCGAGGCUUUCAGCUCGAAGGCGGUAGACAUUUUCGAGUCCAUAUUCGUGAAAAGGCUCGACCAGGACUGCAUUCAAGGCGCUUUCGAAGAUGAACCUCAACUCGGCGGUAUUCUCCAGUCCAAUACUUAUCCGGACGAGGUCAGCAUCGACUCCGAACUGAGCAGCCCAAUCAAGCUCGUUGUAAUGGGCCAAGAUGACGGAUGUAUGCUUGUGCAAAAAGAAGUGAAGUCAAGCUUGGGAGACCGCUGGGGAGAAGCUUGGGAUAGCUGA